AUGGUCACCCAUCUUCAUGAAAAAUUUUAUCGAUCCAAUGCAACUCAGUUAUCAGAAUCUGAUAUUAAAGAGAUUAGAGAGUCAAGAGAGCUUAUUUUAUCUUCAAUUAAUCAGCUUGCUUUAGAUAAGACGGAACAGACUCUUGAAGUGGUAUUAGAAUUAUCAUUUAUAUCCCUUCCAGCUACAGAGAUUCCAAAAAAGAAUGGUCGAAAAAAAAAGGUUAAAAUAUAUGAUAAACUUAUUACUGAAGCAAUCAGAAUAGUGGAAAAAAAUAACAAAAAUGGUGUGGUCUCUGAUAAUUCGUCUGAUACAUCCUGA